AUGCUUCAGCCAAGGAUGGCCUUGACGGCUAUCCGUCUUCCCUUCAGAUGCCUCUCCUCCAUUCCCUCUCGAGCCUAUUCGACUGUUAUCCGCGAAACAGAGAAACCAUCGGAGGAAUCGUCGAGCUCGACAUUCGACCCUAGCAUCGCUUUUGCUCCCCCUCCCACUCGUGAUGAAGCCGGUGUCGUCCUUCGAUCGUACAAACCCCGGACCCCCGGUAUCAGACAUUUGCGAAGACCGAUCAACGAUCAUCUCUGGAAAGGCCGUCCGGUACAAAAGUUGACCUUCCCCAAGAGAGGUCAAGGAAAAGGUGGUCGGAACAAUACGGGUCGCGUCACUAUGCGCCAUCGUGGUGGUGGUCACAAGCGUCGGAUACGAACGGUCGACUUUGAGCGUGCUGCCCCUGGACCUCAUGUGGUGGAGCGCAUUGAGCAUGACCCGGGUCGGAGCGCUCAUAUUGCCCUUCUUCGAAGCCAAGAAACCAAGCGAUUGAGCUACGUCCUGGCCGCGGAGGGUAUGCGGGCUGGUGAUGUCGUUCAGAGUUAUAUGCCUGGUAUCCCCGAUGAUCUGUGGAAGAGUAUGGGUGGAGCUGUGGAUCCUGGUGUGCUCGCAGCUAGAACUGCCUGGAGAGGCAACUGCUUGCCAUUGCACAUGAUCCCCGUUGGUACACUCAUCUUCAAUGUCGGACUGCGUCCCGGCAAGGGAGGCCAGCUGUGCCGCAGUGCCGGUACCUUUGCAACUGUGAUUGCAAAGGGUGGUGGUGGUCAGCAACCUGCCCAGAGCCAGUUCCAAGAAGGUGCCGAAGCGGAAGAGCAGAAGCCUCUGACCCAGCGUGAGAAGCAGAAGCAGAAGCGUGCUGCCGAGCAUAUCACCAUUCGUUUGCAGAGUGGUGAAGUCCGACUCAUUCACAAGGACUGCUGCGCAACUGUCGGAGUUGCUAGCAACGCAAACUACCAAUACAGCCAGCUCGGUAAGGCCGGUCGUUCACGUUGGUUGAACAUUCGGCCUACCGUCCGUGGUCUUGCUAUGAACGCCGCUGACCAUCCCCAUGGUGGUGGACGAGGCAAGUCCAAGGGUAACGUCGACCCGAAGAGUCCCUGGGGUCUACCAGCCAAAUCCGGAUACAAGACCCGUCCCAAGUGGAAGGUCAACAAGGCCGUGGUGGUCCCAAGAGUCCGCAACCAAGGCAAGCGUCGCAGAGGAUACAACUAA